ACUGGACACCCAACGGUCCAGAUUACUAGCUUCUGAUACUAAACCUUCUUAAAGUAACCCUCACUCUCAGUCUCGUUUCACUUCUGCAGAGCGAUCAUGGCGUCACACACAGUUGCUCUCUUCUUCGUCUUCUUCAUCAUCAACCUGGCUUCGCUUCAAGUCUUCGCCGGAGUCGUGCUGGAAGAAGGCUACACAGUCACCACGGUGAUCGACGGCCACAAACUCGAUAUAAACCCUUACUCGGUGCUCCCUCGGCCUGGAUCGUCCGAUCUCAUCGUCCUUGAUUCUUCCGGUAGUGCCUUCUACACCGUAUCACUCCCCCCAUCCAAAUCCCAAGAUAGCGUGGUUAAACGGCUCUCCGGCGCCGGCGGCGAGGGCUAUACAGACGGAGAGUCCGGUACGGCCCUGUUCAGGAAGCCGAGGGCCUUCGCGGUGAACCAGAAAGGAACGGUUUUUGUUGCCGAUAGGAGCAAUAAUGUGAUAAGGAAAAUAAGCGCCUCAGGUGUGAGCACCAUUGCUGGAGGUUACUCACUGAAGCCUGGGCACGAGGACGGUCCUGCACAAAACGCAACGUUUAGUUCGGAUUUCGACCUGGCUUUUGAUGCUGGUAAGUGUGUGCUUUUGGUAUCUGAUCGUGGGAAUCAGUUGGUGCGGUUGAUUAGUCUCAAACCGGAGGACUGUGCCGGGAGUUCUCCGCCGUCUGCACUUGGAUCAGUUCCACGGUGGAUUAUCGGUCUGGGGUCCUGUUUUGUGGGAAUUUUAGUCGGACUUGUAGUUCCUUAUAUUAGGCGUUAUGAGGGCAGCAACCAGCUCGGCUUCAGCGUGACAUGGAAGCAAUGCCAAAUGAAAUUGGGGAAUCAAGCACAGACUAUUUUCUUCGCCAGGAGAAGCGCAAUUGCUAGCUUCUCCAUCCCUGUUUUGUCGCUGUUGAGGCGGCUCUUUUGGUUGUGCAUCUCCCAUCUUUCUCUUAUGUUUAGUAUUAACAGUGUGGAGUCCCGAGUUUCUCGCAAGGAAUGUGUAUCUUUGCUUGAUCUCGAUGUCAAUAACAGUAGUACUUCUGAGACGACAGAGUCAUCCAAGUAUGUGGUUCAGUUAAAGGAUUUGAUGCCUUUAGAUGGAAGCAUGGAGUUGUCUAGUAGUGAUAACCGGAUGCUGAAGCUAGAUGGUAAUGCAGGGGGGAGCAAUGUGUUAUCUGGUUGCCAUGGAGGAAUAGAUGGCAUGAUAGACAGUAAUAUUAUGGGAUUUGUGGAUGGAGCUUUGGGAAGUAGUUCAGGUCUAGUUAAGAGGAGAUGAAAUGGGAACAGUUGAAGAAAAACAUCCUCCUUGUAUAUUAUUUUUAACUCAAGUUGUGAGAGGCUUGUGAAUAUUGUUUUAUCAGGCUUUGCCCUGGAAUGCAACUCAGCGAUUAUGUUCCUACAA